AUCAUAAUAAUAAUGGAAAGUUUCCUUCUUCACAAAUCACAAUUCAUUAGUUUAGCUUCAGAGCAAGCAAAUACAAUGGAGAAGCGCCGGAGAUAGAGAAAGAUAGAGAUAGAGAGAGAGAGAUCUGUCAUCUUCCCAAUGUCGUCCGGCAUUCUCUAGUUCAAGAAUCUAACUUUCUUCCACUUGUUUCUCUCAGAUAGAUAGAUAUGGCCUCUCUCCCAGUGGAUCAAGGUUUCAUUGAUUCGGAUGUAUACCUCAGAUUAGGACUUUUAGUAGAUCAUGGCAAACGUUUGAAAAAGCCACCUUCAGUUCUCUCUCGUCUCGCUUCAUCUCUUGAGAGAUCUCUCUUGCUCUACGACGAUGACCACAACAAGUUACUUCAAUCCCCUCAACAAGACUCUGCUUUUGAUGGCGCAUCUCCCCCUGAGAUCACCAUUUCACAUUACUUGGAUCGCAUUUUCAAGUACUCUUGCUGCAGCCCUUCCUGCUUUGUCGUUGCUCAUAUCUACAUUCAUCUCUUUCUCCAGAGGACCCGUUCCCUUCUCAAUCCCCUUAACGUCCACCGCCUUCUCAUCACUUGUGUCAUGUUAGCCGCUAAAGUCUUCGAUGACAGGUAUUUCAACAAUGCACACUACGCAAGAGUUGGUGGUGUGAGCACCAGAGAGUUGAACAGAUUGGAGAUGAAGCUCUUGUUCACCCUUGACUUCAAGCUUCAGGUAGAUCCUCAGACGUUUCUCACACACUGUUGUGAGUUAGAAAAACACAACACCGACGGGUUCCAAAUCGAGUGGCCGAUCAAAGAUGCAUGUCGAGCCAACAAAGAGACUUGGCACAAGGGGACACCUGACUCACUCUGCUCUCAAACGACAGCUCGCUGAUCAUGUGGCUAGAGUAAGAUAGGAUUUUCUGUUUUCUUUAGUGAUGAUUCUUUUCCAAGAUUGAUUGAUUCAAUGUGACAAUUUGUGUAGUAGAAAAUCUUUAUAAUCAAAAAACAUUCUUUAAGAGGUUGAUAUAUA